AUGUUGAAACAAAAAUUAGAAUUUAUACGAACGACAAAAGCAAUAAAGUUUCCAAUUAAAAAAUAUAAUACAACAAUACCAAAUAAAAAAAUAUUAGGAAAAGACAAUAAACCUCAGCAAAGACGUUUUUCUGUCGCUGAAAAAUUAGAAAUUUUAAAAGAGCUAGACACAGGAACAAUUACUAUGACAGAACUCGCAGACAGGAAUGGUGUUUCGAGGGCUGCAAUUUAUAAAAUUAAACAAAAUAGAGAAAAUUUAUCAAAGUAUGCCAAUAAUAUUUCCAAUAGGGCGAUUGUUAAUAAAAAAAGAACUAAGUCAGGAUACCCAUUAUCUGAAAUUUUAGAUGAGAUUCUCUUUGCUUGGCUCUGUCAAAACCGACAGCUAGGCUUGCCGCUCAGUGGACCGUACAUUUGCGAAAUGGCUCUUGAAGUUAAUCGAAUUAUUGGAGGUACUGAUCAUUUUAAGGCUAGCCAAGGAUGGCUCUCUUCUUUUAAAAACCGACAUGGAAUGAAAAGAAGCAAAGUCCUGGGAGAAAAGCUGUCUAUUGAUAUCGACAGGUACGCAGAAUAUCAGGAAGAUUAUAUUAAAAUUGACAAAAAUCAAGAUUACAAAAUAGAAAAUAUAUAUAUUGGAGAUGAAGGUAGCUUAAACUGGAAGUCAUUGCCGGAAGAAUCAAGUAAAAAUUCAGUAACUAAAGAUAAAGUAACUAUUUUAUUUUGUGCAAAUGCUAAUGGUUCUUUUAGAUUGCCGCCUUUAAUUAUUGGUCCGUCAACAAAACCGGGGUCCGUUAGAAGAAAAAAACCAUAUCCUGUUACUUAUGCAGCUCAAAAAUCGUCGCAGAUGGAGCAGAAAAUAUUUACUGAUUGGUACAAAAAUCAUUUCAUUCCUUUUGUAAAGAACAAGCAACAGACUAAAGAUCCUGUGCUGCUAAUAAUUGAUAAUUGUCCUAUUCAUCCUCCGGUUGAGGAAUUGAAUGAAAUAGAUCCUCAGUUUCGCGUGGUAAAAGCUUAUUCGAAGGUUACUCCUGUUACUGACUUAUUGCAUCGACAUGUCAUUCAAAAAACUAAAAUAAUGUACAGGAAAAAAUUACUGCAAGAAAUAGCUUCAUCGUACGAAAAAUCAAACGAUCCUGAUGUUUUUUUAAACAAUUUUGAGAUCAUUGAUGCUUGCUACAUGAUGGCUUCAACCUGGCAAGAGUUGUCGAAAAAGGACUUAGCUGCUACGUGGUCCAAGUUGAAAAAGUCGUAUGAGUUGGCUAAAAAAUCUAAUGCAAAGUCGUUUCAAGAAGCUGCUUCUGAAACAUUUGAGUAUGAUAACACUGCUGAAUUUAUCAAAUUGUUGAAAAAUAUUCCAGCUUGUGAAAAGUGUAAUCACGAAGAUGUAAGAAGUUGGCUGAAAGAUGAUUUUUUCGAUCAAGGAUGGGAACCAUUGAAACUAAAAAGUAUUGCACAACAAGUACUUGACGCACAUAACAUGAUAAUAUUCGAUGAAACCUGCGAAGAUACGGAACUCAUAGACGAUAAAUUUAAAGACGAGUACGACUCCGAUAAAAAAAUUCCUGAAGAUUCCGAUGAUUCUGUUGAUUACACAGAUUUUGCAAGCCUUGAUGACACAAUUGACGUAACAAAACUUGAGUUCCUUAAAUCAACAGAAAGUAAUAAUUUAAAAUCUGAAAUAUUGCAACGGAAAUCAACGCCUGAAUCAGAUGGUAUGGAUUGUUCAAAUCUUGAAAUCCAAGAAUUGGAAACUGACUCAAAUAUGAUUGAUGUUCUGGAAUUUCCAAUCCCUGAACCAAUGUCAGAUUCAGAUGUGACUGAUAUUUCAAAACCUGAAAACCAGAAACUGAAGCCUGAUUCGUUAAUAACUCCCUUGGAUGAAGAUACUUUGAAAGCUGUCGAUACAAUUCGACGGUGGUACAAACUUAAUGCAAAUUGUAAAGAAACCAUUGUAAGAAAUCAUUUAGAAGCUCUACAAAAUAUGGAAAAUUACAUAACGACUCAUAUAGUAUCUAAUUAUUGCUAA